AGGAUAAGGGAAGUGUAGGCCAGGCUGAGAGAGGCGUGUGUGUCUGUCUUGUGUAACCAGGUGGAGCAACACUAAGCCACUUCCUGUACGCUAAGGCGAGGAGCCGCCAGCGAGUCGAGGCAUCACUCGGCCUCAAGCAGCUGCUGUAGGAGGACAACACCACCCCAACACAGAGAGAGACAGGAGAACGAGAGGUUGCCCACAAAACCCAGCUUUGGAGGGCCAUCAUCCCCCAAGGCCCAGAAAGACAGCAGAGAGGAGUGCGGGACUGUUUCUAAGAGAAGGGGCUCGACCGCACCCAUCCAGAGAGGAGCGAUGGACCCUCGGAAGUGGACAGGAGGCCUGCUGGUCCUGUCUACUACACUACCCUAUGUCGAGGCGAUGACUCCACUGUACGACCCUAAACUCUGCUACAUUCUGGACGGCUUCCUCCUGCUCUACGGUCUCGUCAUCACUGGACUGUUGCUCAGAGAGAAAUUCUUCAAGUCCAAGGGCAAGAUAUUGGAGGAUGACGAUAUCUACACAGAUCUGAAACCUACGGACGGGGGCGGUUAUGGACGAAUAAACAGAAAAGAUCCAGAGAGUGCAACGGCACGCGAUAAUCGCAGGAAUAAUGACGACACUUACACGUCCCUUAAAAAACCAACAGACGACACGUACAGGGAGAUCGCUGUGAAGGACAAGCAGCGCCGCAGGAACAAGAACGACCAGGUGUACCAGGGUUUGAGUGCCGCCACCAAGGAUACCUAUGACUCUCUCCAGAUGCAGCCUCUCCCUCCUCGCUAACCGAAACAUCCUGGAGGAUCACGCCUCGUCCAGCGGUCUGUCCUGUUUGCCUUUCUAUCUGCGUCCAGUAUACUGCUACAGUGUUGUUGUAUGCAACAGUUACAUAUCCCUCUUCUCAAAUCAUUUUAAAUUGGUGAAUAGUUAGUUAUUUACCCACCAACCCACCAAUAAUCACUGAUAUCUACAACAGUCCUUGUUGUGUAAAAAGUAUGUUUGCAGUUGUGUUACUCCCUUUUUAUCGUUCAGGCUUUUGUUGGAAAAUCUGUAGACUUUUGCGCCAGUAACAAUUUCAUAACUGUCUUAAUAUAUGAACUUGAUUAUAUUUUAUCACUAUUUUAUCACUUUAGCUCGUCUCUUCUCCCCAUACACCCCCAGUCUGUAACCUUUGACCCUGACACUCAUUCUACCAACCCUUCCUCACUGGCUACUGCUUUUCUAGUUUAUACCUGGAGUAAUGUAAUUAAAGAAUAAAUAUGUAGGUUGUUAUUUUGCAUACAGUGUACAGUGUAAACGUUCCCCUCAUGUUUAUAAGAAAUAAUGUGCCUCAGCACUAUAAUAAAGCCAUUACAAAGAUCUGA